GCCCCCAGCGAAGACAAAUGGCCAGCAGUCGUGCUCAUCUCGACGAUGACCUUUCCUGUCCAAUUUGCGGAUACGUUCUCAAUCAGCCAGUGGCGCUCACUUGCAGACACAGCUUCUGUAAAGCCUGUUUAGAAGACAGCUGCGAGACACGAGGUGGUGGGGAUUUACACAGCUGUCCUCUGUGCUGGCACGGCUCCUCCAUGGAUCAAAUGGUGGUGAGCACUGUGCAGGAGAAGUCCUGUGAAUCCGUCAAGGCGGGCCGCAGCAAGAAUGACCCGGAGGCUUGUGAGGAGCACGGAGAAAGGCUCACGAUGUUCUGCUUGGAGGACUUGGAGGCAAUCUGCGUUGUGUGUGGGAAGGCAGCUGCACACACCGGCCAUAGGCUCUAUCCCAUUGGAGAAGGUGCUCAUGACUGUAAGGCGGAACUGAAGAGUGCGCUGCUGCCUUUAAAAGAGAAGUUGCAGUUGUACAAGAAGAGGAAAAUGGCCUGUGAGGAAAUGGCAGAACAUGUCAAGAACCAGGCUGAACAUACCGAAUCACAAAUCAGAGAGGAAUUCGAAGCCCUUCACCUUUUCCUGAAAGAGCAGGAGGCUGCAAGACUUUCCGCUUUAAAAGCCGAGGAGGAGCAGAAGAAUCUAGUGCUUAAACAGAUGUUCGAGGAGAUGAACACCGAAAUGAUAUCUCUUUCGAAUACCAUCACAUUAUUGGAGCAGGAGAUGAAAGCUCGAGAUAUCCCAUUUCUUAAGAAUUACAAGGAAACAAUAAGGAGAACAUGGCAAACUUCUGUUGAUCCACAAAUGAUUUCCGAUGGCCUGAUCGAUGUGGCCAAGCACUUGGGCUCUCUGAAAUUUAAAGUGUGGGAGAAGAUGAAGAGCAUAGUUCAAUACUAUCCGGUGAUCCUUGAUCCAAACACAGCAGCCAGCUGCUUCGUCCUCUCGGCGGAUCUCACGGUCCUGCAGAACUCUACCGAGAAUUUUAAGCUGCCAGACAACCCAGAGCGCUUUGACAUUAGCGCUGAGAUGCUGGCUGCCGAAGGCUACACCUCCGGACGCCACAGCUGGGAUGUGCAGGUGAAGGACAACGCCUACUGGGUGGUGGGAGUGGCCAGUGACUCCAUCAAAAGGAAGGGCAAGCACGUACUUACACCGGCAGAGGGAUUCUGGACAAUACGGUUUCGCAACCGAGAGCACAAGGCCUGCACGGCCCCGUGGGAGCCUCUGAGCAUGACCAAGACACCGGAAGUGAUACGGGUAGUUUUAGACAUGGAUCGGUGCAAGGUGACCUUUUACGACCCUACAGAGAGAACACCUCUCUACACCUUCAAAGAUAUCGUCACACCGCGCGCCUUUCCCUACUUCUGCUCCGCCUGCAAGGAGCACCCACUGAAAGUCCUGCCCACGAGGAUAAUGCUGUCGAUGGACUAGCUCACGUAGUAUUCAUGGAAUAAGCCAAAGAAAUGAACGAAUGAAUGGCUGCUGCAGCUUGGGAUGGUCUCGUUUUGUCUUUUGCAAGAGACACUGAAUUACGGCAAUACACUGCAAUGAAAGCAAAAAAUACAUUUUACUUAAGAAAGAAACAGACAUGUUUUUAAAUAUUUAAAUUUUAAUGUGUUUGAGUUACAACAAAAACUUGUAGCCUGUAAAAUCUGUAAUUGUAAAUAGCAUCAACACCAAUAUAUUACUACACGGAUUUGUUACAUAAAACGACAGUCGGGUGACACUGCUUUGCAUGACACAAAAUCACAACAGUGAUUUCACAUUCUUUUGAGAUCCUCUUCAAGAGAAGCAUUUGACAAAUGAAACAGAUCCAUUGUUUCAUAUAAGGCACAUUCAGUAACAACGUGUGUGUGUGUGUGUGUGUGUGUG